AUGUCACAAACAACCCCAGAAGAACAAAAUUAUGAUGUUUACUUGAUAUACCCAAAAGAAUCCCAAAAUUAUUUCAUAAUCUGGUUUGAUGGUGACAAAGUAUAUUGGAAAUUUGUUUCAAGCUAUUUAAGUCCCCAAACUACACUUUUUCAUAAUUGUGGUUCUAUUGUUCAAUUCGGUAAUGAUGAUGAUUUGUAUUAUAUUACAAUCUGUAUAGAUGGUAAAAACACAACAGGAAUUAGAAUUUUAAAAGAAAAAUUCACCUCAUUAGAUGGUUUCCAUGUACACAAUCGUUUAACUGAACCAAAUAUCAUUUUACCUUCAAAAAUCAAAACCACCUUGUAUUUAACCAAAGUUGAAGUUAAAAAAGUUUAA